AAAACCCUGUCUCCCUCUUCUUUACUAAUCUCUCAGCCUCUGCGAGCGAGAGAGAGAGUGUUCGAGAGAGAAAGAUGAAUAAGAAAGAAGUGUUCAAAUUAGCAAAAGGGUUCAGAGGAAGAGCCAAGAAUUGUAUAAGGAUAGCUCGAGAGAGAGUUGAGAAGGCUCUCCAGUAUUCAUAUCGUGAUCGUCGCACCAAGAAGCGUGAUAUGCGCUCUCUUUGGAUCGAACGCAUCAACGCUGGCUCUCGUUUACACGGCGUCAAUUACGGUAACUUUAUGCAUGGACUGAUGAAGGAGAACAUCCAACUGAAUAGGAAGGUACUUUCAGAACUAUCUAUGCAUGAACCAUAUAGUUUCAAGGCCUUGGUUGAUGUAUCACGCUCUGCAUUUCCCGGAAACAAGAAGGCGGUACUGCCUCCAAAGAAAGAAGGCCUCCAGAUGCUUGUUUAAUAUGUUUGUCUACUCAUGUCUUGUAGAGUUUAGAUUGUAAGCAGUGGAUCAAGUCAUUACAAGAACACGUCAAUCCUUUUAAAAUAAUAUUCCACCUAUUUACAUGCUCUACUUUGGCACUUGUCUAUUGAUUUGACAGUUACAUAUAUUGAUCUGAUUUUUGGAAGUUCAAUACAUUCUGAAUUCUAUCA